GAACAAAUCGAUUUCCGAAUACCUAGCUCAAAUCUAAACUUUAAUAUUUUAUGAUGUUAGACAGGAUUCAAUCGACGAUACCGUUUUCCAUCCAUUCUUUACGCAUAGAGACUUUAUGGAAUCUUAUGCAAUGUUAUCUGGUUUACAUGUAUAUUGAUAAGAACUGUAAAAUUUAAAAGCAAAGUUUGAGGAUUUGAGCUGGUGUGUUUCUUUCUCUUUCUUGAUUUACUACAUAUUCGGCGUCCAGUGGUGCUUGCAAAGGCCUUAUACAUUAGACGACAGAAAGAAGAACAUGAGCUGGAAUCUACUAAAAACAACAACGAUGGGAGUCAGUAACAGAACUCUUAUUGCUCUGUUGGCAGUUUGGUCCCUGUCAAGUUUUCCAUUGGUGCUAUCACAAAACAUGGAGACCAGGAAAAGUAUCGCAGACGUUGGGGCUGUUGUAGAGGGCGCAGGUUCAAAGAGGUUACGACUAUUUCAAUACGAUCCUGUUAAAGUAGGACAUAUCAGAUAUAUAGAAGUUUCUCCAGGACGAUUUAUCCAGCUGAAAACCAUCGCCGUCAAACCACCAGCAUUUGAAAUUCCGAACUUCCUGUCCCCGGAGGAAUGUGAACGAAUAAAAGAGUUGGCACUGAAUGCCGGUCUAGCCACCAGUACUACCGUCUACAGGGAUCUAGGUAGGGUCGGCAUCGACAAAGCCAAGGUCAGCUACAACGCCGCAGUAUGGAUACAGAAGCUGGCCAAGUGCGACAGCAACUCUGACAAGACACUAGACUCCGUUGAAGUACUGCGCUGUAUUCCAGGCUUGGAGGAAGGGGAGGUUGUUCCCCCGAGUAUGCUGCAGAAUAUGUACCUCAAGGUAAAAUUAGACCUGGACAGUGAUGGGCUCAUCGACGCGAAGGAGCUCUGGCUGAUGAAUCUUGAGAACAAGACGGUUGAGAUCAAAGAUUGGCUUACCCUAUGGAGGAAAGGGGAGGUAUCUGAGGUACAGGGAAGGGGACGGAAUCGCAUCAGCCAGCAUACUUGGCUUGACUGGGCCACCACUACUGACCCUCUCGUUACACAACUCAUAGACAGGGUUACAGCGCUCACAAAACUUGAUCGUAAUAUCAUUUUAUCGAGUGAUGAAUUUCAGGUAGUUCAUUAUCAUCCAGGAGGAUAUUACCACGCACAUUACGAUAGUAAUAAGAUAGAUGAGAAUAAAGAAUGUGCCCACAUCUCUGAGGGUAAAAAUCAAGAAAGAAUGUGCAGAUUCAUGACAAUCCUGUAUUAUCUACAAGACACUGAAGGCGGCGGUGAAACAGCGUUCCCUUUGGCUGAGUUUGAGAACAUAUCUAAAGAAUAUUUAACCCAAGAGAACUUGGGCUAUGACUACGUUGACUUGAACACCAACUGUUAUAAGAAUCUCCACGUUAAACCUGAAUACGGGAAAGCGAUCAUGUGGUAUAACCAUCAUAUCGAUGAAGAAACAGGUUGGCUAUCGUCUCAAAAUAAAUACUCUGUACACGGUGGAUGUGCUGUUACAAAGGGAACGAAAUGGAUUGCAAAUAAUUGGAUUACUGUCGAUAAUGUGUAUGAAAGGCAAAUGGAAUUCCAGGCACGUGUAUUGAAACCAAAGGAAGAUGGAUCCCUGAAAUCAGAAAACGACCGCGCCUCCCAUGAGGCAAACGAAAAUGUUGUCGCUCCUGUAACACGAAGCCCGCCCUCAAGCAAAAAGGUCAAAAGCGGCGAAACUCUUCCUGAUGGACACAUUGAAUUGUAAUGCAUUUAUUUGUAUCAUGUUGCGUUACGUUUUACUUUAUCAUGAAGCAUUGGUGUGACCCACGUUAGGUUCUGGUUUGCCAUCUUUACAGUAGUCUCCAUGGGGGGUGAACUGUUUUGACAGUCGGGGGGCUGACCUUGCAAAAAUUCAGUCAGAUGGUAAUUUUUAAGUUUUUUUACACGGUUUUGGGAAAAAAUGGGGAGCU